GUGCACGCUCAACCUUGGCGCUGCUUGCGUGGAUGUCAGAGAUCCGCUUCAAAUACAAAAUGAGCGCGUUUGCCCGAUCUUGGAGCGGAUGGAUUCUUUCUAGUACACCAGUAGCAGAAAUCCUCUUCCACCUCUUCCCUCUCAUUGCCAUCUCCCAUCAGCUGGCCGCAUCCCACCACCCAAAAUGGCUGCAACGGCUUACGGCAACGAUGCCUCGCGCGCAUCCAUCGCCUCCCAUUCCUCCAAGUCGGACGAUAAGGAUAUUUCAGGCCCAGGCAUUACCCACGUGCACGACUCUGUCGAAGUCUCUCAUGGACCUCUGGACUUUUUGACGCACAAGUUUAAAAGGAGUCAUGCGGAUCCCGAAGAUGCCGAGACCAGCUCGGUGGACACUGAUCUGCCGCAGGGCAGACAAUUGGGCCUCAUCAGCGCCGUCUUCUUGAUCGUCAACCGCAUCGUCGGCACUGGUGUCUUUGCCACUACGAGCACGCUGCUCGCACAGAGCGGCAGUGUCGGUAUGAGUCUGCUGUACUGGGUGAUCGGAGCCAUUGUAGCUGCCGCAGGUUUCGCAGUCUAUGCUGAGUGGGCAACCGCUCUGCCAAAGAAUGGAGGAGAAUUGAACUACCUGCAACACGCGUACCGCAAGCCCAAGUACCUGAUUCUUACCAUGUAUAGCGCUCAGGCGCUCUUGUUGGGUCAAGCAGCCGGCAAUGCCCUGACGGCAGGUCGAUACUUUCUACGCGCUGGAGGCAGCACCUCGAACGGCUACGAUGCUCGUGGUAUCGGAGUCGCCGUCAUCGUCACUGCCGUCUUGCUUCACGGCACCAGCAUCAAGUGGGGCUUGCGAUUCCAAAACGCCAUCGGAAGCUUCAAGCUCAUCAUUUUGCUCGUCAUCGCCUUUGCUGGAUUCGCAGCAUUGGCCGGUCAUACCAAAGUGCCAGUGGAGAACAAUUUUGCCAACGCUUUUGAAGGUACUCGAAACGACGUUUUCGGCAUUUCUUCUGCCCUCUACAAUGCUCUGUGGAGCUACGUCGGGUAUUCCAAUGCGAUGUAUGCGGCAGGAGAAAUCAAGAAUCCAGCGAGAACCCUCAAAAUUGCCGGACCCUUGGCCAUCGGUGUCAUCACCGUGUUGUAUGUUCUCGUUCAGGUCGCCUACUACGCAGCCGUCCCCAAGCAAGACGUGCUCGAGUCAGAGCAAAUUGUCGCUGCGCUCUUCUUCAGAAACGUCUUUGGUGAGCGCUCAGCUAGAGCGCUCUCCGUCUUUGUCGCUCUCAGUGCUACCGCGAAUGUCUACUCAGUCAUCUUCGCACAAGGCCGUUUGAACCAAGCUGUGGGAAGAGAGGGCAUCAUUCCAUUUGCUCGCGUCUUUGCGACCAAUUGGCCCUUCAAGGCUCCUCUUGCAGGUCUGACGUGGCACGGUAUCGUCACGCUCGUCAUCUUGCUCGCUCCACCGGCAGGAGAUGCGUACAAUUUUGUGCUCAACCUCUCCUCCUACCCGCUCAACGUGGUCAACGCGGCAGUGGGUCUAGCACUGCUCGUCACCUACCUGCCCAUCCCUCGUCAAUACAAGCCUGUGUGGGCUCAAGAUUGGACUUCGCCUUACAAGGCCACGCUGCCCAUCACCUUGUUCUUCUUCCUCAUCAGCACCUUUUUGGUCGUCGUGCCCUGGCUCCCUCCCAAGAGGCCCGAGGAUGCAGUCUACGAACACACUUGGUACGCCCUUGCACCCGCUGUCAGUCUGGGCAUCUUUGCAGGAGGCGCAAUCUACUGGUUCGCCUGGGCCGUCCUCUUCCCAAAGCUGGGGCGUUACGAAUUGGUCAGCACGGAGAUCACGCUUGGGGACGGUACGAUUGCAAAGACGUUUGUUAGACGAAAACAGUAGAGUGGCGCAAUUCGUGCGCAAAUCUAUUCUGUAUUGCAAAGCCUCGUCGCCUUGCCUUCAUGAUCAUGUACAGUCACCAUUCACCUCCCUCAAAAGCGUUUGCCUUGCCAUCACCGGUUCGCGGACACGGCGACGACUCUGGCUGCGCCCUCCCUUUACCGACAUUUCGAGCUCAUCAUCUGUAUCCGAAAUUCAUUCGUCACC